CCCUCUCCAACACAGGCGGGAAUGGUUGCUGGCUGUAGAAGAUUCUAUCUCGUUCAGGCCGGCGAUGGAUGUUGGGCCAUUGCCAACUCUGCUGGCAUUGCUUUGAAUGACUUCUACAAAUGGAACCCAGGAGCUGGUUCUGAUUGUUCGAAUCUUUGGCUAGACACCUGGUACUGUAUCGGAAUA